AAAAAUCAAACUAGAGCUACUGUACAGGUUCAUUGCAUUCACGGCUUUAUAGUGGAUGUGUUGAAGGAUAAGGCAAAACAGCACAAGAGUGGUAGAGAGACAAAACAUCUGUGCAAAUAUGUUUACUCUUGGUGUGAUGGUGAUGUUGGCUUUAGUGGAGAUAAGAGGCUCUGAUGGUCACAUUUCGGGGGCUGAUAUCUCCUUUCCCCCGGCCAAACCCGGUCUGGACAACCUGCAUGCUAUCUGCACCCAGGGGAGUGGUCGCCCCCGCUACCCAAGCAGUGUCUUCGGGAUGUCGGGGACGGGCCGCCAACGUCGCCAACGCUCCGCGGUGAACCGCGUGGAGGCCUGGUACAGCAGUUGCUGUGCACCAGGGCGAGCCCAAGAGCAGGCAUUGUGCUGUGUCAAGCAGGCGUGGGAGUAUGCACUCAACACGUUCUGCAGUGAGGAGUAUGGGGUGAAGAGCCUGCCCCAUAAGUGCUGUGAGCAGUGGGGAGAGAGCAGACUGACCUGUUUCCAGAGGGAAGCCCCCAACCGUGCUUACCUGCCCACACCUGGCUACACAGCCCCCGACAUCGCGGUGAACCUCAGAUUCACCUGGGACCCCAGUACCUGCUAGGGGUGUCAAGAAAGCAGAACCUUAUCUUGGGCUGGGUCCAUCUAUAAGAACAAUUAUAAUCCAUAAAGCCAGAAUCUCUACUCAUUCAUACUCCCAAUGACUAAGUGUGGCUGAUUAUAUAUUGCCAUUUAUACUUGUUCUGCAUCUUAAAAGGUUGAAUUAUUUUGAGAGAAAUGCUUCCGUCUCUAUCAAUCUGUAAACCUACAGUAUUUCAGUAAUUAUCAGUAAUAAACUACUGUAACUACAA